GGAAGUAAAAGCGGCGAUGGGGGCAAAAAGAGAGAGAGAGAGAGAGAGAGAGAGGGAGGAGGGGUGGUGCAAAAAAGCUACUCUCCUCCAUGGCUGCCCUCUCUGAGAUGGAACGAUAGGGGAAGAAGACAACAAAAGUGCGGAUGACUGUUGUCGUCGUCGUCGCUAGCUUCUGUCAACCGACUCGCCGCUUUCUUCUCGGGAUUCUCGUUAGGCUGCCUCUUUUUCCGUUCUCGUUGCUGUUCUUGUUCGUUUCCUUUGGCGUAAAGACGGAGUUCCUUUAGCGGAGGCCUUCUUCUUGGGUUGGCUGGUUUCCUUUUGGACCCUGUUGUGUUCUGCUUAAAGAAAAGUGAUAUUUUGUUUGUUACUGCGAGAAAGAGAGGGACGGGGGGAGUUGAAGGUGAGGAGGGCAGAGGAAAUCGCGGUGGUUUCCCUCUUUCCCUUCCGCGAAAGGGCAAUGUAGGUGGGUGGGGAGGGGGGGUUUAAGGGGAUCAGGUUUGUGGGUAUCGGGGUUGUGGAUUGAGAUCCUUGCCAUAGAUGAGCUGCUUUCCUUGUUUAAGCCCUCGCAGGAGGGAGACGAGCUCCAGGAUAGAGGAUAGCGCCAGCGCCCAAUCCGGCUCCAGAUUCCUUGGCGAUUCCUCGGAGAGCGGGAAGAAGGCGUCAUUACCUGGCGGGGAGACGAGUAAAUGCGCGAGGAGCUUUACUUUCCGAGAUCUCGCUGUCGCCACCCAGAACUUUAGAGAAGCCAAUUUGAUCGGAGAAGGGGGGUUUGGAAGGGUUUACAGAGGACGAAUUGAUUCCGGCCAGGCAAGCCCCUGUUUUUCUUCUUGUUUCUGCUUAGUUUUGUCCCUCGCGUCAAGAUUGCACUGGUUAUCAAACUUGGAUGUUGAGGAACAGGUGGUGGCUAUCAAGCAGCUAAAUCGGGAUGGUCUUCAGGGGAACAAGGAGUUUCUGGUGGAGGUCCUCAUGCUGAUCGUGCUACGGCAUCCCAAUCUUGUGAGUUUGAUUGGUUACUGUGCAGAUGGAGAUGAGAGGCUCUUGGCUUACGAGUAUAUGCCAAAAGGCAGUCUGGAAGAUCACUUGUUUGAUCCACCUUCUAGCAAGCCACCCCUUGAAUGGAACACACGAAUAAAAAUUGCUGUUGGGGUUGCGAGAGGGCUCACAUAUUUGCACGAUGUAGCAAAUCCACCUGUUAUUUACCGAGACAUGAAGGCUGCAAACGUAUUGCUAGAUGACGACUUUAACCCAAAACUUUCUGAUUUUGGACUUGCAAAACUUGGACCUGUUGGUGACAACACACAUGUUUCAACGAGGGUGAUGGGAACAUACGGCUAUUGUGCUCCUGAUUAUGCAAUGAGUGGUAAGCUGACACUGAAGUCUGAUGUAUAUAGUUUUGGUGUGCUUCUGUUGGAGCUGAUCACCGGACGAAGGGCUUUCGAUUCUUCAAAAAUUGGCGGCCAACAGAAACUGAUGACUUGGUCAAGACCUUUUCUCAGUGACAGAAGGAAGUUCCACCAGCUGGCCGACCCAUUUCUUCAGGGUCGCUACCCACCGCGACCCUUUCACCAGUUGGUCGUGAUUGCCUCCAUGUGUCUUCAGGAGCAGCCUCAUGUCCGACCCAUCAUUGCUGAUGUGGUUGUUGCUCUCAACCAUGUGGCAUCUCAACCGUACACUCCAGCACCCGAUUCGAAGAUCAUGAGCUCCCCGCCACCACCGUCGCCUUCAGGACGGGUUACUGGUACACCCUCGAGAGGCCGUAAUGGUAAAACUUUGGCACGCAUAUGACUCCAAGUGCGAUGAACUUUGGUUGCAGAAGACGGCCAAAGGGAUUGGAUGUUGUAGGGCACCUACUCAACCUUGUUCUCGUGGAGUUGUUUAUUGGCUGGUCCGUACUGUUGACAUAACUAUCAUGCGUUGGAAUCUCUGAUGGCAAAUGAGGAUGGUGCAGUGAGGGUAGGGAUGGUUGUUUACGAGGAUUGGUCAUCUUGUACAUACUAGUUCAAUGGCAAGCUGGGCGUGGGUUGGCCUGGUUUUGUUUCA